UCUUCUUCUCUUUCUUCCUUCCUGUCCUGGUGAAGGCUGCACGAUGCACACUAAAGGAGACUCCUGCUGCUGCUCCUUUGAGGACUAUAAACUCACCACCGAGUGGCUGAUGAACCAGACGAGUCUCCGUCCGAAGGUGGCGGUGAUCUGCGGUUCGGGACUCGGCCUCCUGGCCGACCGCGUUGCGAACAAGCAGGCGUUCAGGUAUCAGGACAUCCCCAACUUCCCCGUCAGCACAGUGCCGGGACAUGAAGGCUGCCUGGUGUUUGGGACCAUCCAGAACACGCCGUGUGUCUUCAUGCAGGGACGCUUCCACCUGUACGAAGGUUACUCCCUCUGUCAGGUGACCUUUCCAGUGAGGAUCUUUAAGCUGAUGGGGGUGGAGUCUCUCCUGGUGACCAAUGCUUCUGGGGGAAUCUGUCCCGAUUUCAAAGUAGGAGACAUCAUGCUGAUCAAAGACCACAUCAACCUGCCUGGAUUUGCUGGACAACAUCCUCUGUGUGGGCCCAACGAUGAGCGGUUUGGGAUCAGGUUCCCGUGUAUGUCGGAUGCCUACAGUAAGGAGCUGAGGGCGAUGGCCAUGGACAUCGGCUCGGAGCUGGGAUGCGGUGGAUUCAUCAGGGAAGGAGUUUACUGUAUGGUGAGCGGACCGAACUUCGAGACCGUGGCUGAAGCCAGAAUGCUGCACAUCCUCGGCUGCGACUCCGUGGGUAUGAGCACAAUUCCCGAGGUGACCGUGGCCAAGCACUGUGGACUGAGAGUCCUCGGUCUGUCGCUCAUCACCAACAAGGUUUCUCUGGACUACAGCCGCGAGGAGAAGGUGAACCACGAGGAGGUUCUGGAGAUCGGUAAGAUGAGGGCGGAGGUUCUGCAGAAACUGGUCACCACACUCAUCAGCUGCUGCCAGCAGAGCAUCAACACUCACUGACCGACCAGAAAGCAUCGCAGCGCCUCCGGAGAGUCCAGCAGCAAAGCUUCAGUCGUCUCUGUG